AUGCUCCUUGGCGGGUGUCUUGUUCUUGUGGCCGUGGUGGCCAACGUCGCUGCGGUGAAUUUGCUGCAACCUCCGACCAAGGUCAUCAAGAGAGCCUCGACGUGUACGCCAGUAGCGGGGCGUUCAAGUGCGACAGAUGAUACACUCGCGAUUCAAUCCGCGAUCGCCAGUUGCUCCUCUGGGACUAUUGUUAUCCCUGCGUCUACGACUUACCACAUCAAUACGGCCCUGAGCUUCAAAGGCUGCUCUGGAUGCACGUUGCAAAUCGAAGGCACUCUACAAGCCAUAUCCGACACCAACUACUGGGAAGGUUUACGAGCCAUCUUUCUCAUGGAUGGCAUCAACGGCGCGAACAUAUAUUCAAAUACGGGCAAAGGCGUCAUCGAUGGAAACGGCCAAGCUGCGUGGGACGUCUUUGCAGCCAAUUCUUCGUAUAGACGACCGACGCUCUUCUACAUCAACAAUUCCAAGAACGUCAACGUCCGUAACCUCUACUUCAAGAGUGCUCCAAAUGUCUUUCACUCGGUGACCGGCGGCUCCAGCAAUGUCACUUACACCGACAUCACUCUCUACGCCGUGAGCAACAGCUCCAAUGUUGCGCACAACACUGACGGCUGGGACAUCGGACAGUCAACCUACGUGAGCAUCAAUCACGCCACAGUCACAAACGACGAUGACUGCGUUGCUUUCAAGCCAGGCAGCAGCUUCGCGACCGUUACCAACAUCACCUGCACAGGUAGCCACGGUAUCUCCGUCGGAAGCUUGGGCAGCGGUGCCGGAAAUACAGACACGGUUCAGAAUUGUUUCGUGAGCGGAGCGACCAUGAUUGACUCUACCAAGGCUGCAGGUCUCAAGCUUUACCCGGGCCCCCCGAAACAUGGCACAGCUAUCGUGACCAAUGUGACUUUUGAGAACUUUGUGUUGAAGAACACCGACUACGCUUUCCAAGUUCAAAGCUGCUACGGCGAAGAUGCAUCGUAUUGCAGCAGCAGCCCGAGCACCGCGCAAGUCAAAGGCGUGGUGGUGCGGAACUUUUCGGGGACGACAAGCAGCCAUUAUUCGCCGAAUGUUGCAAACCUCAACUGCCCAGCUGCUGGGUCGUGCGGCCUCACCUUGAGCAACAUCACGGUGAAGCCGCCGAGCGGCUCAGCCGUGUUUCAAUGUGCAAACACGCCCAGUAGCAUCGGGGUGCCGUGCUCUGCUGGCGCCAGCGGAUAA